UCUUACUUACACCUUUUACAAAUCACGCAUAACAAAUCCCAAUUCAAAUCCUUUUAGAAGAUUUUGUUACGAGAAGAAUGAGCUAAUAGUCAAUUGCAAACUUUUCAAAUCUUUAAUACCAAUCGUAUACAUAACUUACUACUGGAUUGUAUUGAUGGAAAAUAAAUUGAUAUGCCCAGACCCACAACGCACCUUCCCCCAAUGUAUUCUGCCCCCGACGGGAAUAAUAGGGCUGCCUCGAGUGACUCUCAUAGAGAUCAUUCCUCUGUAGGGGGCAAAAGUGCCAAGAUCGGGCAAGUGAUUCACCAUUGCUUUUAUAAAACAGGAUUAGUGAUUUUAGAGUCACGACUGAAUGUCUCUGGGAACAAUUCGUCUCGAGAAGGAACAAAAAAGAACAAAUGGUUUAAUUUAGAAGUUGAUGAAACAGAUGUGUAUGCAGACCAAUUCAAAUUAUGGAAGUCAAUUGAUAUGACUGCCGAGCGCAAGAUUCCUCCGAUGGUAUUACAUACAUAUUUUGACAUAUCCGACUUGUCUAGAAAUCAAAAACUUUCCAUAUUUGACGGAAGAGAACAUCAUGUUAUUGAUUUGAACCGUUCUAAAGCUUCGAAGAUUGUCCUUGAACGUUGGGUUGUAUCAUUGGACGGCGGAAGCUCUUCUGCGCCCGUUGAAUUGGCUGUAUUGUACAAAAAACUCGUUGUCCUUUUCCGUUCUUUAUACACGUAUACUCACCUUAUGCCAUUAUGGAAAUUAAAAAGUCGCAUUAACAGACUUCGAGCUCACAAUGCUUCCUUAAAAGUCGGAUGCACUCUUUCAACGGAUGACUUACUUCAUGAAGAUUUUGUACCUAUUAAUGCAGUUCUUUCUCCUACCUUAGGAAACAGUAUUGCUGCGUAUUCAUUUAAUCCGGUAAACACUCCUAUGGGGAAUUUUCGAAUUUCGGUACAGUAUCGAAAACAUUGCCAUUUUCAAUUUCAUAAUCCUGAUGCCAUGUUAUCCAAUCAACUUCUUUCCACUGAUUCGCCUAAUACUGAAUCUCAUAGUCAUAGGCAUCAAUCGACCACGGAAAGCGGAAAUCAAUUCUUGCAUCCCCAUUCUUCUUCUUUAGUUCGACAGCAAUUGAAAUCGAAUGAUCCGAAUUUGCUUUUGGAAUCUGAGAUUCAGCAACUCGCUAGCGUUGAGUCAGUAACUGCUCAUGCUGCUCCCUUGGUUUCUAUACAUCCUUUUAAAUCUCCUUCCCUUUCUGCCUCUCCUGGAUCCAAUUUGGAUACAAUGUCAAUAUCUCCGAAGGUUGCCGUUAAUCGAUAUAUUCAUCGUGGGCCCUCUUGCAGUUCAUUAAAUAGGGUAUCAGUUAUAUCAGAAAGUUUAAGUAAAUCGCGGUCGAAAAUGCCCACUCUUCCUAGUUCUGGUAGUGUUGGUUUAAAUGGCAACGAUUUACACAAUAACCCUAUGCUUCGACGGUUCAGCAGUAGUUUUGUACCGCGGGAGCGAAGAGGAAGUACUAGUUCCAGAGCUCGAUUGCAAUUGGCUACUAAUCAGCCUAUUCGUAGUGUUCAAAAGCACGACAGUUAUGAAAGCACUAGUGUUGAUCGAAACGAUCAAGUUGCUGAUGGAAUUGAUUUAACACCUCGAGAUGAUUUAAGCGGAUUCAUACAAUUGUUGGAUAAUCAUGCCCAACAUUUGCAAAACAUUGGGGAAAGUAAGUCAGACUCGUCUUCUCUGGGAAAAGCGAGGAAUGGGACUUUAAAUGAAUCUCCUCAUGUAGGGACGCGGAAUACUUCUGGGAGUAGUAACGAAUUGUUCGGAUUUGAGCACUUUGCGCCGAGCCAAAACGCUGCGAUUGCGGAUGAUAAAGCGAUAAGUCCAAGGGAAGAUCUAACAAAUUCCAAUCAUCAUACAGUGCAUGAUCAUACUUUAGGUGCAUUGUGUUCAAGACUUUCUUUCUCGGAGAAGCCCGCUGAUUCUGUUAGUUUGUCUCCGUUGUCUCCUGCAUGCAUGCCUCAAGAAUCUACCAAACCUAGCACUUCAGGCUCACUUCCAAAUCAAUUUCAUAAGUUUGAGAAAAACUCUGAAGUUCCCGCUACUUACCCUAUACUGGAACAACAAGAGUCAAGUAGGAGCACUUCUUCGUCUGUUCCUCCACGUUUUGAAUAUCAGACCAGCCUGUCAAAAUCUCUUGACCAUUCUUUGACCCCUACAAGUUACCAAGCUACGAAGACUCCCGCGCCUCCGUUUGUGCUUGAGUCGAAUCUCUCCCAGGAGUAUCCGAAACAGCACUUUGAUUCCAUAGCUGAACAUCAUCAAUGUAUUGCUCCCUCAACCCCUGCUUUUGAAUAUUAUAAUGAACAUAAUGCGAAUUAUGAUGACGACCUACUAUUUGCAAUGACUGAUAUGGCUUUAGAAACUCACCCUACAACUACAUUACGAAUCGGGUCAAAGGAUAAUAAAGGAGUUAUGAAGUGAGUUCUGAAGUUAAUGCUUUUACGUUACAUGGAUUUUAAUAAUUUUGUAUAUCCUUGUUUUAUACCUUCCUCAAAUUAGAGCGUUCUGAGGUUUUUUUUUAAAAAAAAAAAGAAAAAGAUUAAGUAUGAAAUGAGUAACUAAUAAUGAUUUUUAGAAAUCAACUUUAAGUCUAGUAAUGUUUAGUACUAUACAUAUUAAUGCUUACGAAUGUUAUGAUUUGGUGGUUCGUGUCACUUACUAAGUAAAGUGAGUUAUGAAAGAUUAUAGUAAUUGAAAUUAAUUUUGGAU